CCCAGGAUCCGAUGCUGUCUUUGGACUCUAGAAGAGACAAGGGUGAAGGGGGAAGCAGAGCACACAGGGGACAGGCUGCAGAAGCAGAGAAGAUGGGACUCCUCAGCGUAGACUUGCUGAUCACACUGCAGAUUCUGCCAGUCUUCUUCUCCAACUGCCUCUUCCUGGCGCUCUAUGACUCGGUCAUUCUGCUGAAGCACGUGGCGCUGCUGCUCAGCCGCUCCAAGUCCACUCGCGGAGAGUGGCGGCGCAUGUUGACCUCAGAGGGACUACGCUGUGUCUGGAAGAGCUUCCUCCUAGAUGCCUACAAACAGGUUAAAUUGGGUGAAGAUGCUCCCAAUUCCAGCGUGGUGCAUGUAUCCAAUCCUGAAGCAGAUAACAAUUAUGCCUUGAAGAAGACAGCUGAUGGGACAGAAUGCCACCUCCUUGACUUUGCCAGUGCAGAGCGCCCACUGGUGGUCAACUUUGGUUCAGCCACCUGACCACCUUUCACUAGGCAACUGCCAGCCUUCCGCCAAUUGGUGGAAGAGUUCUCAUCAGUGGCCGACUUCCUGUUGGUGUACAUUGAUGAGGCUCAUCCUUCAGAUGGUUGGGCAGUGCCUGGGGACUCCUCUCUGUCUUUCGAGGUGAAGAAACACCGGAACCAAGAGGACCGCUGCGCAGCAGCCCAACAGCUCCUGGAGCGUUUCUCCUUGCCGCCCCAGUGCCAAGUUGUGGCUGACCGCAUGGACAAUAACGCCAACGUUGCUUACGGGGUAGCGUUUGAACGUGUGUGCAUCGUUCAGAGACAGAAAAUUGCUUAUUUAGGGGGGAAGGGCCCCUUCAACUACAACCUCCAAGAAGUCCGGAGUUGGCUGGAGAAGAAUUUCAACAAGAGAUGAAUUUUAGAUUAGCUGGUUAAAUGUGUGAUUGUAAUAGUGUUUAUUAUUUUUUUAAAAAAAGUAUGUAAAAGAAGUUGAGAACUGAAUCUACUAUUUCAACUGAAUCCCAUUGCCUCACUGAAAGACAGGGAUAUACCUGUCAGAAAGCAUCAACCUCUGAACAUUUCAAUACUUCCUUUAGUACACAAAUGGCAUCGUGCUAAAUAGCAGCCCUGUUACCUCCCUUCUGAGUGAACUGAUCCGAGUUGGAGUGGAAGAAACCCUGAUGCGGUGUGUGUUCAUCCUUGCUUGCAACAGAAGUGAUUCUGCCCUAUGUGUGCAUCGGGAGCAGAGGACAACAGUUCCCAGAGUACUUAAUGUUAAGGGAGCUAUACUACCUAUGAUCUGAUGAACUGUGUUGUCUCCGUUUGAGACAUCAGGAACAAGCCCAAUUGGAAAGUCCCCCAAAUACUUACUUAUAAUGUGAUCUUGAAGCAAUGUCAUGCCCUUAGGGCUGAGGUGUUAGUUCUAGCUGUUCAAUGCCUGUGUUAGUCUCUAUAGCCCAGAAUUCCCAAGUGUAUAUGUACAAACCAAGAAUGGGUCCCCCAAUCUGGGGGUGUUAAGAUGACAUCAGAAAUCUGGCAGAUGGGAAAGCGCUAGGUGAGAGAAAAUGAACUUGUCAAACAAAGAAAGAGGGAGCAGAAAGUGGAGAAAAUUGCAUAGUGUUUUGCCUGGAAGCUGUAGACAAGAGUGUCAUUCAGCCACACCAGCAUGGAAGCAUGCACACAGCUGGAAAGAGAAAGGGGCUGGCUAAAAGUAACACAGGGAGGAUGCACAUGGAAACAAGAUUGUAGCAGUACCUUUAGACUGAGAGAGAAUGGGAGAUGGAAAGAUAAAAAUAGGUGAAUGCUUUUAACAUGGAGAUAAUUACUUCCUAGAAUAUACCCAUUUCGGUGGGUGAUACUUGCUAAGGGAAAAUCCAGGGGGCUAGGUGCUGCUGAGUUGUUCCUGCCUAAUUCCUAUAGUUACAAUGUUACGCUCCCCUCUGCCCAUAAUCUCAGAAUCACUGUUUUCUCUCGAUGCUGAGUGAAGGGCGUAGGAGCCAGGUACCCUAGCCAUUCAGCCCCUGACCCCUCCUAAAGUAGGGAAACUCUAAUGAAAAUGGGCUUCUUCACUUAAACAUGAGAGCAAUUUAUUCUAAUUAUUUCUACCCAUAGUUUUGAAGGCUUAUAGGCUUCUUGGUAUCACUGGGAUCUGGUAAAAUAGAAUUUUCACUGACAUUUGAAUUUUGACUUGGGUUUUUUUUGGUGAAGUUCAGUAACUAUGUGCAUAACUAGAAAUAUAUCUAUGGAUACAUUUCUCUUAAAAAUAAAAGGAACACAGCUUUACCCACAAGCAAUCCCUAAAGAUCACAGCCUCCAAAAAAAAAUCAGACCAAGGGAUAUUGUAUCAUAAUUAUUUUUUAAACUCAAAGACUUUUAGUUGACAGCAUAUGUUUAUAUUUACAAGUCAAAUCAAUUGGUUUUUAUGUCUAUCUUUUUCAAUAAUUAGAUCUAAAUUUGAACUACAUGGGAGAAGAUAAUUUAAAGUUAAAGUCAUCUUAUUAAAAAGCUGUCCCAAAUGAGAAAACUAGGAAGUGGGUGUGCACGAAACAAAAGUAUUGUUUUAAAAAAAUGGCAGCAAGAAAUAAGUGAGAUCACCAGUCCACAUUUGCUUAGACAUUAAAGCAGCACUGUGGCUAUGUUUGGCAGCAUCUAAGAUUGCCAGUGCUUUAAAUCCUGUCAGACAUGACCACAAAGAAACAAAGUAAAUUUUGAAAACAGCAGUGGCAUUGGAAAACACAGCCGAAGAGAGACUUCUUUAGACUUCCAAUGUCAAGGCCUGCCAUCAAGGCUUAUCAGCGAUUCCUCGCUGAUUUCAGUCUUCAAAGUGGUGUUGGGAUUGAUGUGCCUUCCUAAAGAAGCAAAGUGAAAAGCUGGUUUCAGAACACUCACAUCGUCGUCCCUGAAUGUUCCCUUUGUUUUUCAUGUGCCACAGUGGAACAGAACGUCAGAGAAGUGGGUGGGGGGAUGAGUUUUGGCUAAAGCCACGCUAGUUGUCGGGGGGAAAUGAGUGAUGGAAACAAAUCACCCAGUUGUGCUGUAUUUUUUUAAGAAAGAGAAGGUUGUAUGUGCAUACAAUUUGUCUUUUGGAGCACAGGCCAGUGGAGGGAGGACGAAGAGGAAGUAAAUAUACAAAGACAUAGUCUGACUGUCAGGGACACAGACAUGUUCAGUAGAACAUGGCAGAAACACUGGAAGAAAAAAAAAACUGUUGAAGGGUCGAGGAAGAAGAUGUAUUGGCAGAGCUCAGGAAUCUUACACUGUGUAGAAUGGGGUGGUCUCCCAGAUAUGAUACGCCUGUAAUUAUGUGACCUAUUUAUCUCAAUGUAAAUGUCUAUGAGUUCCUAUGAUGUGCCUUUUACAAAACUAAGAAGUCAUUAAUCUAGACAAGAAAAUUCAUGCUCAGCUCUCAUGCUCAGUGACAGUAUUAGGCUGUCAGCAUCCACCUUUCUCAUAUGCUUUUUAUAACGUAUAUUCCUUCUAAGAGUUAUAACUGUAAUUCUCACAAGGAAAUAUACAUACAUAUGCUUACAUAUUCUCCCAAUGAUAUAUAUAUGUAUAUAUAUGUAUAUCAUUGAUAUAUCCAAGAUAUAUAUCUUGGAGUUAUUUUUCCUUAGCAUAAACAUUUCCCCCUGUAAGAUAUGUUUACAUGGGCAUAUCAGUUCAGAGUUUUAAACUGAAUUGGCCUGACCACUGUUGAAACAGUUUCUCAGAACUUACAACAGCAUCUGGAUUUCUCAAACACUUAGAGUUUGAAAGACAUAUUAGUCUAUCACUUUAGUUUAUGGAUUAGAGGAAUAAUCUGGACAAUGACUUUCUUAAAUGGGCACGAAUAAAGUGUCUGCCCCGCAAAUGUAGACAUACUUCAUACAACAGCAAUGAAUGGUGGAGGCAGACUGGUCAUUGUUCUUGUUCUUGUUGUCAGAGGGGCAAUCAUGUAACUCACAUGUUGGCUUUAAUCAAGCUCUAGAUCUCUCCUCCUGUGUCUUUACCUCGUUCAUAGUUUAUGGCCCUGGAUUUUUGGUACUAUCAGCUUCGAAGUGGUCUUACUAAUUUAGUUAACUUCUAAUCGUCAGCAGAUGCUUACUCCCUGAUCCCUUUGCUUGACUGUAUUUUACCAUUUGGGUUUUGAUUAAAAUUUGCAGAACACUGUGAGGUCACAAGUAGGGGCUGACCCCCCAGAAAAUCCUGGAGGAGAAGGAUGGGGAUGCUACUUACGAUUUUCAGAGAAUUCUCAGGUGGAUGUAAGCUGUCCUUGGCAUGCCCUGUAACCUCCAUCCACAGCAAGAGGGAUUUGCUGAUGUCGAGGACUGCUCAUUAUGUACUUCACAAGAGGAUCAACCUGGACAGUAGUUCCACCUGACCUCUGACUGAUGGUUUGGAAAAUAACCUUGGACACUGCAGAGGGAGAAAUCAGGCUGAUUCUGCCCCACUGCAUGAUAUGAACGCGCAGACUAGCACUUCCGCUCUUUAGAGCAUGUCCAGUGUCCUCUCUCUUAGUGGAAACUGGCUGUGAGUCUUUUAAUUUUAGGACCUUUCAUUAGGAUACAGUCCCCAACUAGAACCCAAGGAUAUUUAGUUAUACUCCAACUUCUAUUAUUGCCUUAAAUGUAGAAGCCAAACCCCACUCUUUCUAUGGAUUUCCAGAAUGGACAUAAGAAUCACUUGCUGCUUGAUGACUGUACUGUCUUGGAACUGUCCCGAGUCCCCUAGGAAAGGGAAUCUGAGGCUGUAUGAACUAAGAAGCUGCUGGGUGGGAGGAAUUAGCUCCCACCUCCCUGAGGGUUUGGCUUGGAAAAUUUGGAAAUGAAACUUCUUAUGUGUAGAGGAAGGUUGCUGGAUGUCAGUGAAUUACUUCAGGAUAAGCAAGCAGCAGGCCUCUUCUUCAUGCUGUGUAUUCUAGAUAACACCAGAAACAAGGUCUCAGACUUGACAGACUCAGCCCUGUUCCAAGAUGAGUCUGAACCAGCAGAAAGCAAACACGUCCAGAUAUCCAAACAAGACUUUUCAUGCAAGCCAGGACUUGCUGCCUGUCUCAGGCAACAGCACCAGGGCUCUGGGGAGUUUAUUUAAUAUUUACUGAGACUUUGGAGACCUAGCAGAUGUUUAAUGAAGUCACUAUUUUGACUCAAACUGCCCUCCCCCAUCUAUCUUGAGAAAAAAAAAAUUCAAGCAGGUAAACAUAAAAAUGAAAGAGGCCUACAGAAGGGGAUGGGAAAUAAAAUCCUCUCAAAACUGCUCCAGACCAUGCCAUGCUGUUUUUAAUGUGUCAGGAGUGGGGGUGAGAAGAUCUAUGUACCCAGUACUUGAUAACCAAAGCAAUUAAAUGAUUGUGGGUAGGGAACAUUGGCCAGUUUUGUUUAAUUGUGUGUCCGUUGUCACCAGACUGUCUCACGAACCCAGAUAACCAGACACCCGAAGGAAGAAACUGAGAUGGGCAGAGCUGACUGGUGUGGAAAUGAUAACUACUGACGAAAGAGUCACCCACUCAGUCUGUGGUUGGAUGGAGUCACAUGAGUCUGCCUCCCCCAUCUCCGUCUCCUUGGCAAGGAGGAUAUUUGGGUCAUGAUGCGAAGAGUGCUGGGUCAAUGCGAUGAGAGGGUGUGUGUCUAUCUCUGCUUCUUGGUUGCAGACAAGAGGAAAGCUUUGGGGAUUGUCAGUAGAAAGAGUGCUGUUACAUCGGUGCUGAGUGGAACGCGUGCUUAUC